AUGAAGCUGUACAGCCUCAGUGUCCUCUACAAAGGCGAGGCCAAGGUAGUGCUGCUCAAAGCCGGGUACGACGAUGUGGCUUCCUUCAGCUUCUUCCAGAGAUCCAGCGUUCAGGAAUUCACGACCUUCAUGAAUCAACUGAUUGUGGAGUGCUCAUCCAAAGGCACUAGAGCUUCUGUCGAAGAACAAGACUAUCUGUGGCACGUCUAUGUCCGGAAUGACAGUCUUGCAGGUGUGGUCAUUGCUGACAAUGAAUGCCCAUCCCGGGUGGCCUUUACCUUGCUGGAGAAAGUACUAGAUGAAUUCUCCAAGCAAGUCAACAGGAUAGACUGGCCAGUAGGGUCCCCUGCUACAAUCCAUUCUGCAGCCCUGGAUGGUCACCUCAGUAGAUACCAGAACCCACGAGAUGCUGACACCAUGACUAACGUGCAGGCCGAACCAGACAAGACCCAAAUCAUUGUGCACAACACCAUGAAGUCUUUGUUAGAGCAAGGUGAGAAGCUAGGUGCCUUGGUGUCCAAAUCUGAGGUGCUGGGAACACAGUCUAAAGCCUUCUAUAAAACUGCCCGGAAACAAAACUCAUGUUGUGCAGUGGCCCAGCACUGGAACAGCACCAUCAUUCGCAUCAGAACUGAAGCCCCCAGGGACGAAGAGACAGCCCUACUCGAGGACCUGGAGUGGGGGCACACAGGCCAUUUUUAUUUUGAAGUUCUCCGGAGAAACAGGGAUGGUGGAUGGAGCGGCUGCAUGUUUGGAAACACAGGGCUUUCAUGUGACUUGUGUGAACUAAUGGCUGCACACCAGUUCUGCGGGAAAGGGGAAAGCGUUAGUGGUCACAGCCAGCUGCCUGAGGGGCUAGCCUGCUUCGCUGCUCAUGAGCCUCACACUUAUGGGCCAGUUAGGCUCGCUCAGAAGCCCCAGUGUCACCUUGGUGAGAAGUGGCUGCCCUGUCCCAUCCUGGAGUCCUGGGGUCCUCCUCCCCUGAGCCAUGUGAGAGUUGGCACGUUACAUCAUCACCUCUGUUUUUGGCAGCCAGCCCAGUGCUCAGAUGGCUAA